AUGGCCAUCCAGCACACUGCCGUGCUGCCAGCUCUGCUGGGCCUGCCAAAUGCGCAGGUGAAAGCGGGCAGAAAGUCUACACGACAUGGUGGAAAGCAAAGAUCAUUUGAAGACCCUAUGGGCCAUAGGGAAGAGCUGCAGAUAUGGCACGGUAGAAGGCAGGCUGCAGGCGGCAGCACCCAGCCACCCCCCAGCCCUGCGGCCAGCAGGGACUGUGGUGGUGCCAAGGAGCAGCAGAAGCAGGCUGGGCAGCAGCAGAGGGAGGGGAGAGGCAUGGGCUCUCUGCCAGCAACUACAGGCCAGGACUUGCUGUGGCUCAACCACUCUGGCAGCCCGUGGGCAGCAGGAAACGCCUGCAUGGCAGAUGGGCAGCGCGGCGGGGCCUUCGCCACCACCACGCUACUGGCGGCGCUCAUGGGGCUGCUGGUGCUAGCCACCAUGUUGGGUGAGUUCUGGGGUGCCGGGAGGAGCGGAGGGUUGGAGUCCGGGGCACUGCACCUGUCACCACCGAGCUUCUGCAUCCUCCUCUACAUCCCCUAUGCGCUGACGGGCGAGUGGAGACUCGGCCGGGGUUUGUGUAAGCUGUGGCUGGUAGCAGACUACCUGGUGUGCACCGCCUCUGUCUUCAACAUCAUCCGUAUCAGCUUCGACAGGUUCAUCUCGGUCACCAAAGUGGUCAGUUACAGGGCUCAGAAAGGGAUGACCAGGAAUGCAGUACUGAAGAUGAUCACUGUAUGGAUUGCUGCUUUUCUUCUCUAUGGACCAGCCAUUCUCAGUUGGGCACAAAUUCACCAAAAGAACAUCCUCCCUGAAGGAAAAUGCCAUGCAGAAUUCUUCUACAGCUGGUAUUUCCUAAUGAUGGCCUCUACUAUUGAAUUCUUUACACCCUUCAUCACUGUUAUAUAUGUUAACUUAAGUAUUUACCUCAACAUCAGGAAACACACACCCCUCAGAAAUGAAAACCUAUCACGUGGUCAAGAGGUCUGUGAAAUGAAUUUCCAGGGGGGAAAAAAGGAAACACACUAUUUUUUUUUAAAACCUGCUACAGACAAACACGAGAAGAGAGCAAGCAGCCUUUUUUCCCAAAAAAAGGCUUCAAGGCUCAGCCUACAUAAGCUUGACAAUCAGUCAUUAAAUUUGAAUAUCAGUCAAGACCUUCCGCCACUUCAGGUGGAAGUCCAGACCAAACCUCAUAGGAUUGGUUUCUAUAAAACUACAGAAAGCGUAUGCAACACCAACAGCAGAAUGGAUAUUGCUAACACUGUGGCAAAUAGAUUUAGACUUUCCCAGGGUAAAAGAGUAGCAAACUCUUUAGCAAUUAUUUUCUGUGUGUUUGGUUUGUGUUGGGCUCCAUACACACUUUUGAUGAUCAUCAGAGCAGCCUGCCAUGGGCAGUGUGUGCAGUAUUCACUCUAUAAGACUUCAUUUUGGCUUCUGUGGGUAAAUUCAGCCAUUAACCCUGUUCUACACCCGCUGUGUCACAUGGGCUUUAGGAAAGCCUUUAUAAAACUCAUCUGUCCAGGAAAAGGCAGACUUAUUCCUCAUAUUUUUAUGUAA